CUGGCGCUCCAUAUGCCUAUGUGGUAGCUGGUACGAAAGUUGCAUCAUACGAAUAUCAACAAAUAAAAAUCAAAGUCGAAAAAGAGAACAUUGCAUGGCACCCUCAUUAAAGUCAUUUAAUUGUUGGUGCAUUUGAUAUUGCCAAAAUUACACUGAAAACGCCGUUAGAAUUCAGCGAUACCGUUGGCAGUAUCAAACUCGUGGACAACGAUUACAAAUUGAAUAACUCAUCAGAAGUGGUCACUGUCUAUGGGUAUGGCGUGUUGAAUUCACCAAUGAUAUUGAGGCGUUGCGAUGCGAACUAUAUAUCUGAUGUCGAUCGUGUCAGCGCAUUUAACCCACGUCAAACAUUGUACUUUACCACUAGCGAAGCUACGAACGAUGGCGAAAUUCUUACACCUGGUGAUUCGGGUGGACCAGUCGUUUCAAAAACAAAUGGCAAAAUCGUGGGCAUAGCUGUGGGUAUAAAUGGAACAACAGGUCGUCGCGGAAUGUUCCUCCCAAUUGCAUCAUUCCUUGAUUUUAUCCAUGAUCCAAAGAGCGUGAAACCACUUCCACCUUCGCUUACACCUAACGAAGCUAAAUUCUUAGCCGAUAUAUCGGUACCGGGGAAAUUUCUUACCGUUACCAAGGAAGCAUAUGCCAACACCGACGAAGAUUUUCGAAUACACUCUAAUGCAAUCAUUUUCUCGGAAACCGAGAUUUUGACCUGUGCACAUAAUGUGCACGGCGCCCCAUAUGUCUAUGUAAUAUCCGAAAUCAAGUCACAACCGAAACUACCAUUGAAUAGCUGUGAAGGUAAAAAUUGA